AUGGAUAUUCUUUCAGGUGUUGAGCGUGUGUUAUUAAAUGAAGUUGCAAAAACAUAUAAUGAUUUAAAAAGUAUUGAUAACAAGACAAUGGAAGGUUUAGCAUUAUUUUAUGGUUAUGAAAUUCUUCUUCAUGGAAUACAUCUUCUUAAACAAACAAAACGUCUUGUUUUAUAUUAUACAAUUGAGAUAAAUUCACGUCGUCUUUAUCAAUUUCAUGCGAAUAAAAAUCAAGUAUCUGUUUAUACAUUAUCAACUAGUAAUUUUUGUACAUGUAAUUUUUAUAAAGAACAUAUUUUAAGCAAACAAGAUUAUUUUGCAUGUCCACAUAAUAUAGCGAUUAAAUUAUAUGAACAAAUAUCAAAAUCAAAUAAUGAUAUUGAUAUAGAAAUGUUUGAUGUAACUCAUGAAUAUUUAAUUGAUAAAAUGGCAAAACUUAUUGAACAAUCUUGUGAAUUAUAA